AAUCAUCUCCUUGUCUUUCUCUUCACGUUCUUAUCAGCAACGCUUUCUUAGCCCUCCCACAUUCCAACAGAAAUUAUGAAGAAAAUAGUGUUGAAGGUGGACUUAUUCGAUGAAAGAAUCAAGAAGAAAGCCAUGAAGGCAGUCUCUGGCAUUGCAGGAGUUGAGUCAGUGUCGGCGGACACGAAGGCAAAAACAUUGACGGUGAUCGGAGACAUAGAUCCUGUGUGUGUAGUGGGGAAGCUGAGGAAGUUGUCUCCCACAGAGAUAGUUUCAGUGGGAGCAGCCAAAGAAGAGAAGAAAAAGGAAGAGCCUAAGAAGGAAGAGAAGAAAAAAGAUGAACCAAAAAUGGCUGUGCCGGGCUAUGAUUAUUAUUAUUAUUGUCAUCCAAUAAGACCCUACCCAUAUUGCUAUGUGACUUGUGUUGAGGAAAAUCCUAAUCCCUGUGUCAUUUUGUAAUUAAGCACCUUUUGAAUUUUCAUUUUCAGAGUUUCCACGCAAAAUAAUGGGUAUGGAUGCUUGUUAACAGAGUACUGGUGUAUUACUAUUUCAAGUCUUUGAUUUAAGAUCCAGAUUAUUAUUAUUUUUGUUUUCUGAGUAGAAAGGUAAUUGAUUAAUCAA